AAAAAAAAUAUGUUCUCAAACUGGAAGAGCGAAAAGGAGUUUAAACCCAAACCCAGCUUGGCAAAAACCCUAUCCAGAGGAAGAAGAAGCACAAUCUGACAACGGUCUACAGAAUCCACACUCUUCAAAACCGCAACCCUCUGUAACUCUAGCUGAAACUCGCCUCUUCUCCCAAAUGCUCAUCUUGCAGCCUUGCUCGUCUUCUCUUUGUCCCCAGCCCACGCUCAGCUAUCAAUUAUCCUGCCACCGCUUCUCUUUUCCCCCAGUCUCAAUAGUUGCUUUUCCAAAACAGAACCAUUAUGUUCGAACUGGUGUUUCAUUGGUUGGUGCUAAACUGAAUCGUGCUCAGAGAAGGAGCAAUCAAAGUGUAAAUACAGAGAUCGAAGAAGAGCAAGAGAAUGGUGAAGAUUAUUAUGAUGACGAUGGUGAUGGUGAAAAUGAAUUAUCGUCGCACAGUAGAUUUACUGGGAGGAAAGAAGAAAGGGAUUAUGACAGAGAUCCUGAAUUUGCUGAAAUUCUUGGGAGUUGUCUUGAUGACCCACAAAAAGCUCAAACAAAAAUGGAGGAGAGAUUGAAGAAGAAAAGAAACAAGGUUUUGCAUACAAAGACGGGUUCAGCUAUACCCAUGAAGGUCACGUUCAACAAAUUUGGUUUCUCAAACUCAUACAUAUGGUUUGAGUUCUACAAUGCUCCACUGGAGAAAGAUGUCUCCUUAAUUUGUGAUGCAAUAAGGUCAUGGCACAUAAUUGGACGCCUUGGUGGUUGCAAUUCCAUGAAUAUGCAGUUGUCACAAUCAACUUUCAGCAAAAGGCCAAAUUAUGAUGCUAUUCAAGGAGCAAAUGUGACACCAACCACAUUUUACAAUAUAGGGGAUUUGGAGAUUCAGGACAACUUGGCGCGUAUAUGGGUGGAUAUUGGAACCACAGAGCCGUUGCUUCUGGAUGUUUUGAUUAAUGCAUUGACACAGAUAAGCUCCGACUAUGUAGGAAUUAAGCAGAUUAUGUUUGGUGGAUCUGAAUUUGAGAGUUGGAAGGAAAACUGGGCAUCAGAAGAUGCAGGUUGCAGCAUCCACAAGAUUUAGUAUUUUGUUAAGCAAAAACAGAAUAGUCAGAGGGUGCAUUUACUUGUCCUUUUAUUGUGUAAAUAUUAAGUAACAAGAGAUGCAAGAAAACGAUUAGAAAUCAAUAGAUUUUUACGUGUGAUCGAAGAGGUGUAUUUGUGGAAAGUAGGAUAAGAUUUACCAAUUUAAUAGUCAUACUUGCAAGGCAUCUAUAUUUUACAACAUGCUUUGCAUUUAACAA